AUGUCCGCGCCCGUGGACGAAGACGCCUACUUCUCCACCCAGCCCCCGCCAGCCUCGCUCCCGGCGCAGAUUGCGGCUUCAACCGACUUUGUGAACCGCCAUGCCGCCGCCGGCCGGCGCGUGGUCCUCAUCACCUCGGGCGGCACCACCGUUCCCCUCGAGAAGCAGACGGUCCGCUUCAUUGACAACUUCUCCGCCGGCACGCGGGGCGCCACCAGCGCAGAGUACUUCCUCGAGGCCGGCUACGCCGUCAUCUUCCUCCACCGCGAGUUCUCCCUCGUGCCCUACGCCCGCCACUUCUCCCACAGCACCACCGGCUCAUUCCUGGACUUUCUCGAGGAGGACGGGCACGGCAACGUGAGGAGCAAGGACGCCCGCAUGGGCGACGUCCUCCAGCGGUACACCCGCGCCCGGACAGAGGGUACCCUCCUCACCAUCUCCUUUGUCACCAUCACCGACUACCUCCACUCGCUGCGCGCCAUCUCGCGCCUCAUGGCGCCCCUCGGCCCCCGUGGGCUGCUCUACCUCGCCGCCGCCGUCUCAGACUUCUUCGUCCCCGAGUCCCGCAUGGCCGAGCACAAGAUCCAGUCCACCGACGUCGCCAUGCCCGCCGACGAGGAGGAGUUUGACAACUUUGACAAUGCGCCCCGGAUCGCCCGCUCCAAGCGUCUUGUUAUUGAUCUGGACCCCGUCCCCAAGUUCCUCAAGAACCUCGUCGACGGCUGGGCCCCCGAGGGCAUGAUCACCUCGUACAAGCUCGAGACCGACCCGAGUCUGCUCGUCCACAAGGCCCGCCACUCGCUCGGCCGCUACCAGCACCACCUCGUCAUCGGCAACCUCCUCGCCACGCGCAAGUGGGAGGUCUGCUUUGUCAGCCCCGGCCGCGAGGACCAGUGGCUGCGCGUUGGCAAGAAGGACGGCAGCACGUGGACUGAGGAACAGGUCAGGGCGCUGCAGGCGGGCCGGGUGCCCAAGGAGGAGCCCAGCGGUGAGAUUGAGAGUUUAAUUAUUCCCGCGGUCAGGGACCUGCACGAUGAGCACAUCAAGACAAGUGAAGCCAGAUCACAUCAAUAA